AUGCCACUGCCUGCUCCAAAGCAACAGCCAACUGGAUCCCCUCGACACCAACCCGGAGGAAUUGGUCAGCAACAGAGAGGAGCUCCUCAGCAACCUGAAAUGUCAGCUCCUCACGACAGGCACCUUUCACAAGCAAACCAUCUCAGGACUUCAGAACCGAGCAAAUUACCAACCGCUGUCCAAGACAGAAAGCCUCCUGCUCCAUCAGAAGGAAAGCCACUGCCCAAACUACCCGAAGAGCCUCCCAAAGCUUCUGAAAGUCCAUUGCCAAAGGGGAAAACUAUGGCCACAAAACCAGAAGCGGAUAUCAAAGAUAGCACGACCGUAUCCGAGUCUCAGAAAACACGAGAACAGGAGGUAAGCAUCGCUCCACUGGACACAAUGGUUUAGUUAUAAGAGGUUUCUUUUGAGUAGCUGAUACCAAACCUAAAAGCCAACAGGAGGCAGUUUAUUAAAGUGUUUUUAGCUGGCAGUCAGGCAGGGGAUGAUAGAGACAUGGUCUGCUGUCCAACAGGCCUCUUCGCACAAAUGCACCAUAUUUGCAGAAGUCUCUUUUCGGGUUUUUCCCCCCUUGCCAAGAUUUGUUCCUCCACUUCGUUGCUUGCUAUUUUUAAAAACAUCCCUGGGUUUUCGAAACACCAAUGCCUCAAAGCAUAACUGGAUUGAACAUAUACUAGUUUCAAAAAUGUAUGGAGUUAAUUUCAAGAGUCUUCUUAAUCAAUUAAUGGAGAAAGCAUGAUUAUUUUUGGGUGGCAUUAUACUUUAACAUCAACAACAUAGGCUACUGUAACUGUAACAACAUAGGCUUUUGUGUGGUAAUCAGAAGCACAUCACCAGGUGAGGUGGAAAUGAAGGUGCCGAGAUGGUGGGGAGGUCAGCACAGUGCAAACUCAUUGGCAGAGCCAAUGUGGUGCUCCUGCUGGUGCGUUUGCAUCUACCCACUGCCUCCUCCUCUGCCUCCAAAUAAGCCACAGUGGGUCACCUGCCAGAAGCCUGUGUAGUGGCUCUACCCUAGCUGGCAAGUUUCUUCUAGUUGUAAUGCUUUAGUCCAAAUGCAAGAACUGCAGGACAUGAAGGUGCUUGUUAUUUGUCUCCAGCAUCUUUCAUAAGUGUACCUCCUAUGCACAGAGAGGUUUCACCUAUCACAGCACUGUUUGUUUGUGGGGCCAAGCACAGUAGUCCGGUGACCCUCCUGGGUAGUUUGUAAUAGCAGAAAUGAUGACAAGACAAGAGUGUUUGUUUAUGCACAGUGAUUUAAGGCAUGUUUUACAGAGAAGACCUUUCAGAGAGUCUUUUUUCUUCCUUCUGACCCUAGUGUAAUGCCUUUGCAGCCUUAGGUUCAAACUACAUGUUACACUCAUAUGUAUGUAGCUGCAUCCUAAUAGACCUCUUUAUGUUUUAAAUCAGCUUUUGUGUGGGUGUGUGGCGGGGGUUAUCCAGCAAAAGCUGGUAGGAGUCAAAAUGGCUACCUGUGAUUCACAUUUGCACCUGUGAAGUCAGUGUCUGUUCCUUUUUAAUAGCAUUCGCUAUUGGGUAAUAAUAGGGGUUACCGAGAACUAGCAGAGUUUAGCAGAGAGAAUGAAAGUGCCAGCAGAGGAGGUGGAGUGUUAGGUGCCACCUGCACAGUGUGAGGCUAAUUGUGAGAUGCUCCAGAGAAAAAACAAAGGUGAAAUUGAGUGCUUGAGGGAUAACUGAAAAGCUCUUGCUAGCAGAAGAAGCAGAAAGAUGGAAAGAAGGAAGAGAGUGCAGAGGGCAAGGCCCCAAUACUGAGCAUCAGAAUGUCAUUUUGAUGUUUCCUCUUUCCCCUCUCCUGGCCCCUCCCAGGACGGACAGCAAAGAUACUUCCCAGAGGACUUUACAGCAAGCUGGUGUUUCUGCUGUUCUUUAUGCAGACUCUUUUUGCUUCUGUUUUUAAUCAAUUGUUCACAUUGACUAAUUUCAGUUUACUACAGCUGAAGGAUCUGCCUUCUCAGCCCCCCUGAACUGCAAGUAGGGAGUAAGCAUUAGCCUAGAUGACAUUUAACACUAAUUUGGUUAGGGCUUUGUAGGAAUCUCCAGUUAUGCAAUACCAAUCCUGCUGCCAAUGCUUUGAUUGGGGUAUUGAUUAAAAACACACUUUUAUUUGUGCCACUGUCCCUUGCUUCAAUCUCUUGGGCUUUCUCUGCAAAAUUGUCAACCCCUGAAAUUAAACUCCACAGAGUGGUUGCUGCCUCCAGAGACACUGAUUAGCUGGUCUUUUGUCCUCUCUUGUUAUUUUGUCACCUGGUCUUGGCAUCUGAAGUGCAGGAAUUAAGAUCUUCAGCCUCUUGCUAUUCAGGGCAUGAAUAAAAUUCCCUUCUUGAUCUCAAAUUCUAAUUAUAAGUUCCACAAGUUCUGUGUGAAGAUUUAAAAUAUUCACUGCUGUAUGUGGGAUUUCAGUCACCAUAAACUUUACUGGAGCCCUGGGAAUAAACAUAACGCUUAGCUGAACUGCAGCAACAUUUCUGAAAUGCCCUUUUCGACGCAUUUUUGCUGUAAGGAAUUUGUAGAAAAGAAUGGAGGUGGAGUUUGUGCCCCACAAUCACAAUGCCUUCUUUAUCAAACAAAGACAAAUGUCCAUCAGGUAUUUGCAUGGGUGGAGCACAAGGUGGAGCAAGACUGCGAAGGAGCAGAAGGGUAAGUAUUUUUAGGGGGGGCAGAAUAUGGAGCAGGAUCCUCACUUCUGCUCUAUUUAUAGAGGCUGGCAGCCUGCAGGAAGCUGCUGAAUUACUGGGGCAGAAGAGGCUCAUUAUAUUUUAUCCUAGGCAUGAGCAAAGAAACCCUUAAGAGAGAGUGAGCAAAGGUGGGUGGUGUGAAAGGAAGAGGAAAGCUAAUAUUGAGUGAUGCAUAUUUUUAGUUUUGAAGAAGCCUACUUUUCCAGCUCUUUGGGCAAAUGUUUGGUUUGGUUUUGGGAGGAGGUGUCAGAUCAUGACUGGCUUGUGGCAGCUUUUGCCAAACACCUAUUAAAAAAAACGUAACUCUGUAGUUGCUUGAAAAAAGUAUAUUGCUUCCAAAUUACUCUAAUUCUUUGGCAUAAGAAGCCUCAGACUACCUGCAGUUAGUCAGGAAUGUCAGGUCCUGUCCUGAUUAUAUCAUGGCCCCAUUGCCCAAAUGCUCUGCACCCUAUCCAGGAGAAUUACAUCCUUUUAUAUAUAUAAAAAAACCUCCUCUGAAAAAUUUUGAAUGCAAUUUCCCUUUUACCCAUUAUUUUAUGGAGAAUGGUUGAAAGAAAUGCAGGAGAAAUUGUAAUCACAGGACUAGAACCAACAAUGGCAGCUUAAUUUAUUUGCCGCACCAAGAAAUUAACAGUGUUGUUAACAGUGCCACAUCACUUUAUAGUAUAUUAAAGAUAUUUAAAUACUCUAAUAGCCAUUCUUCCACACCAGAGAAUAAUGGUCUUUUGGCAGCUGGCUGUCAAGUUUGGGAUUUUUUUUUUACAAUAUUCUUGACAAUUAAUCUUCCAGCCCACAUUUGAAGAGGUACACACCAAGCAAAUAUUUGAACAAAUAGAGCUGAAAUAGAGCUGUACACACAAAUCGGGUAGUUGCUGGGGUCACGAACAAUGGUGAUCCAAAUUUCCCUACAAAUGUUCACCAAUCUGCAGAUUUGUACAUGAAAAAUAGUCAACUUAGGCAUUAAUUUUGAAAAUAGUGCUUAUUAACAACUGUUGGCCAUGAUAGCUGUAUGGAAACUCCAUGUUCAGAGGUCCUGUACCUCUGAGAACCAGGUGCUGAGGCCAUUGCAAUCAUACCUGACUUGUGAGCUUUCGGAGGGCCUUCCUGGCUGUUGUGGGUAAUACAUUACUGGACUAGAUAAACCUUGGCCUGGUCCAGCAAGGUAAUUCUUGCAGUCUUAACUUGUAGGAUUUCAAGGUUUGUGCUCCUUCUUAUUGCAAAAGGAACACUUAUAUUUUUGCUAGACUUCAGGUUACAAAAAAUGCUAGAGCAUACAACUUUGGAGCCAACCAGCCUUGGGCAAACCAGAUGGUCCUUUUUAAAAGGAAAGGAACCAGCCAAUAAGACACUGUCAUCUUAGCCCCUGGGUUGACAACAAGAGAGCACAGAUUUACAAAACUGCAGAGCCAGCUAUUUGGAUUUUACAAAUGUUUUGUUUGUUCCUAGGGACUUGCUGAAAUCCAGACCUGUCAGAAGCAAACAGAUGCAGUAAGGCUUAGCAUGUUGAAGACUUGGGCUACACUUAGACAUAAUUUAAUUUUUAAAGAAAUAUCUAAGUGUAUAGCAAGAAAUAAUAAAGGUGUGGUUUUUUUAAGAAAGAGAUGUAAAUUGAUCAUAAUCAGUGCUGUUUUUCUAGAAAAAGAGGUGCUGGAACUCACCAUGCCCACCUGAGAGGUUUUGGAACUGAGUUCUGGCGAGUUCUGGCUGGGGGAAAAAGCCCUGAUCAUAGUUAAUGAAUGACAAUCAGAGCAAUCAGAAUAGUUCUGAUUUUGUUAACACAGAGUUGAGGGGAAUCACAUUUUCCUAGCAGCAAAAUGUUUCAAUUUGGGUUCUGGGAAAAUAUAUUGUUUCUCAAAACCAGAAGUGCUUCCUGGAAGAAUGACAUCUGCAACAAAUGACUAAGAGCUGUUCAUUUAUUAGAUUGUAAAUGGAUUGCGUGAAAGGUCCUGUCCGUCUUGCUUUACUGUCAUGAACUUGGCAAGAAGGAAUUUUUAAUUAAAUGCAUCAUGCAAUGAUACUUCUUUCAUGUUAAUUUGCAAGGGUGCCGGAUUUUUGUUUCUAAACUUGAUAGUUUUGCUUACAUUCUUUGACAUCUGAGUAUUGAGAGAGAGGGUGGGGUGCAAGCUUAAAAAUAAAUUACCGGUACUUCAGAAGGUCGGCGGUUCGAAUCCCCGUGAUGGGGUGAGCUCCCGUUGCUUGGUCCCUGCUCCUGCCAACCUAGCAGUUCGAAAGCACGUCAAAGUACAAGCAGAUAAAUAGGUACCGCUCUGGCGGGAAGGUAAAUGGCAUUUCCGUGCGCUGCUCUGGUUCGCCAGAAGUGGCUUAGUCAUGCUGGCCAUAUGACCUGGAAGCUGUACGCCGGCUCCCUCGGCCAAUAAAGCGAGAUGAGCGCCGCAACCCCAGAGUUGGUCACGACUGGACCUAAUGGUCAGGGGUCCUUUUACCUUUUUACUUGCUUAUGACUCCUGAGUUUAGGAGCCCUUCCCUUCUUAAUUUUUAAAAUUAUUAUUAAAGUGAGGGAUAACACUUUUGUUACUUGCUAAAUUGUGGCUAUUGUGUUGUAGUUUUUUUUCCUUCAAAUUUUUAUGUCCCUUCAUGAUGUCCAAGUUAAUUAUAGCUCAGGAUUUCUGCAAGCCUGUGUGAUAAACUGGGUUGUGCUCAUAAAAGUCUCUUUUAAUGGCAUCUAAUGGAAUUUGUUUUCUCUUCUUUUGUAGGAAUCCAGUAAGCCUUAUCCACCAGACCUGUCUCGUAGCCCUCAAAGCUUGAGUGACACUGGCUACUCAUCUGAUGGCAUAUCCAGUUCCCAGAGUGAGAUCACGGGCUUAGUGCAGCAAGAAGGAGAACAACUAAACGAAACCGGAAUUGUAGAGCCGAGCCCUCCAAGUCCUUCGGAACUCACUAAGCUGGAAAGCAGCAUGCGGCCCCUACUGGAGUCCAAGGGGCUGGCUCAGGAGCCAACAGACAGAGGUAAAACAUACCAUGAAUUACGAGAGGAGCAGAGGGAAAGGCAGAGGCCACGGUCCCUUUCUAUCACCCCGGAAGCCUUUGAUUCUGAUGAGGAGCUAGAAGAUAUCAUGGAAGAAGAUGAAGACUCUCUAGAAUGGGAGAACCAGAAGGAGCAGAGGGACAGCAUGGAAUCUUCAGAUGACUUUGGCAGCAAGCUACGCCACGACUACGUGGAGGACAGCAGCGAAGGAGAGUUCUCCAUCGUACCAACAAGGCAGAAAAGCAAAGAACCUGCAAUGACUGACGAAGAGUUCAUGAGAAGGCAACUCCUGGAGAUGAGCGCAGAGGAAGAUAACCUGGAGGAGGAGGAGGAAUACGAUCGUAUAAAAUAUAGCGUUGCAAAAAACGGGCACAAGCCUGACUCGGAGAAAAGCAGGGAGGCCGCCUUAUCCAAGAGACGCCUGCCUCACAGCUCCGGCAGCAUAUAUGAGGAGGAAAGAAAAGAGCUGGAAAGUACUGAGGGGGAAGACAUGGCUGCAUCUCAGGGAGGUUUGCGGCGUUUCAAAACCAUUGAGUUAAACAGCACUAACAACUAUGGCAGAGACAUGGAGAUCAGCCAAGAGGCAGACAUCAGCUUGGACAGAGAACCUGAACUGGAGAUGGAAAGCCUGACGGGAUCCCCAGAAGACAGGUCAAGAGGCGAAUAUUCUUCCACCUUGCCAGCAACAACACCCAGUUACACAUCAGGAACCUCCCCCACCUCCAUCUCUUCCCUGGAGGAGGACAGCGAUAGCAGCCCUAGUCGCAGGCAGAGGCUGGAAGAGGUCAAGCAGCAAAGGAAAGCCCGGCAUCGCUCCCACGGACCUCUGCUGCCAACCAUAGAAGAUUCUUCCGAGGAAGAAGAGCUGCGGGAGGAGGAGGAGCUCUUGCGAGAACAGGAAAAAAUGCGAGAGGUAGAACAGCAGCGCAUCCGAAGCACGGCUCGGAAAACAAAGAGAGAUAAAGAAGAGCUGAGGGCACAGAGGAGGAGGGAAAGGUCUAAAACGCCACCCAGCAAUCUGUCUCCCAUUGAAGAUGCAUCACCCACCGAGGAACUGCGUCAGGCUGCAGAGAUGGAGGAACUGCACAGAUCUUCCUGUUCGGAAUAUUCUCCUUCCAUUGACUCUGAGGCAGAGGGGUUUGAUGUCAUUGCCUCCAAGCUGUACAAGUCUGGCAGCGAGUACAACCUCCCAACAUUUAUGUCCCUCUAUUCUCCAACAGAAAAAACUGCUGGCUCUGGUUACCCCUCCAACAAGCCCCUGAAAAGUGCGGAAGAAGCUUAUGAAGAGAUGAUGAGGAAGGCAGAAAUGUUUCAGAAGCAGCAACCAUCCCAGCAAAGCGUCUCCUACAGCAACACCUUCCAGCAAGUAGGCUAUCGUGGUUCAGAAGGCCAAAAUAAUUUCGAAUACCAAUACAUAGAUGACUACAGCUAUGACGGCCGGAAUUUAGACUCCUCUCAAGCAGACUAUCAGAAUGAACUUUCCAAAUCUGGGGCAGUUUAUGAAGAAAUUCUUCAGACAUCACAGAAUAUCUCCAGGAUGCAUCAAUCCUCUUCUCUGGAUUUGACCCUUGAGCAGGAAGUAAAGAAGAAAGGGAGAGAAGAUGCUUAUCAAGAAAAGCAGUUUCUGAAUGCAGAGAGUGCUUAUGAAAGUGGCCCACUCACUCCUGGGACAAGCCCAACCCAGUUGUCUGCUCCUGUCUCCUUUUCCUCCACUGAAAGCAGCGCAGGCAGAAUAAUCCCUGAUGUUCGAGUCACUCAGCAUUUUGCAAAGGAGAGUCAGGAGCAGCCAAAGCUUCAUAGCUCACCCACAGCACCUAGUUCAGUUUCAAAGAGCGUAACAACGCCCUACACGUAUGCUAAAGGAACUAGCACCGUCACCACUGUUGUUUCCAGUCCUGCAAGUGCACCACGAAUCUAUAGCUCUCCGACUUCUCUGAGUGGCUCAGACGCACCAUCCGUGUCCACUACUAGCCGAAGUUAUACUCAAACAAAAGUAACAGCCAGCUAUGGUUGUCAAACAGAAAAUAUUUCCAGGGUCAGGAGCGUUGCAGAGAUUAGUGGGCCAUCAGCAAGAGAAAAACUCCAAAGCAUGACGGACAAGUCCACUGGACCCAUGUCGACACCUAAAACAUAUUCCUACUUCAAAAGCUCAAGCCCACCACUUUCCCCUUCUUCUCCUACUCAGAGCCCCACUCAUUCUGUUCCUAGAGCUGGGGUGCCACCCAGUUCAGGGAUGGGGGUUAAAUCAACUGCAGAGUUUUCCACCCAAACCCAUAGCCCGGUUCUCGCCUACGAUGCCCCCACGACUACCGCUAUGUCAACCUCUUCUCCAAUGGUAGCUCAAGGAACACAAACUCCCUACCGAUCGAGUUCCCCUCGCCUUGCUCGGCAACAAUCAUCACAAGAAUCUCCCUUUAUGGUCAUCACAUUAGCAGCGGAUGCAGCCAUUCAGACCAAGCCGAUUGGCGUAAGUUCCUCCAUUUCACCAGCCUCCUCUCCAACUCGGCAAGGCCGCCAGCAUAGCUACAGUCAGACAGUAAUCCAUGCAGCGCAACUCCAACAAGAGCAGCUGCAGUCCACUUACACGAAGACCCAAUCAGCUCUCGAAAGAGCCUCUGCUCCUAGUGCUGCAAUGCAGAAAGUGCAAACAACUGCUGCUGACAGCAUGCCUGGUGUGUAUAGCUGGGGAACGCUGCCUGCAGAGAACAUUUCUUUGUGUCGGAUAUCAUCAAUACCUGGGACAUCCAGAGUAGAACCUGGACCCAGACCAGUUGGUAGUAAUAUUGUGGACCUGCGGACUGCAAUAAAGUCAGCUCCAAUCAUUAUAACAGACCAAGGGAUGGAUCUCACAUCCCUAGCUACAGAGAGCAGAAAAUACUGCCUCACUAUGGACCAGUCACCGAGUCGGCAGUCCAGCACCAUCCAACCCUUAAUUAUCAACCUUAAUGCCCAGGAACAGCCCCAUGCUAUCAUAAGCACAGCCACCACAGUCAGCAUCACUGUUGCAUCUUCCAUGCUUGUGUCUCAGCCAAAGCAUCCUGCGGUCUAUGGAGACCCUUUCCAGAACAGAGUGGACUUUGGUCAAGGGACGGGGAGUCCUGUCUGCCUGACACACAUUAAGCAGGUAGAACAAGCAGUUCAGACUGGUACUUUCAGAGGAGUUGGUAGCGGCACUGGAAUUUCUGCUUCUGCAGGCCGUCCAGAAGCCGCAGGUCCACAGCAAGCAAAAUUUGCAAGAUACAAUUUGCCCAACCAGAUGACAUCCUUGAUGAAAAAAGAUGCCCUGAUCAGUCAGACCAACAAUGCACAGAAUAUUGUGAGUGCCAUUCCCAGACCGUUUCCUCAGGACCAAAGUUCAGAGGUGUAUAGAGGGAUCCCAGUGGAACUGAAAACUCAGACACCCCCAGUCACCAUUGGGACUAAGAAAUCCCAGGUUAUGAUGGUGCAGAUGGAUGAUAUUGCAGCAGGCCCUGUCACCAAACUCAUCAAAGAGGAACCUCCUCCCAAUGCCUUGGAUCUCACAGGGAUGAAGCCUGAAAGUCAAAUAGCAUGCUGUGACGUAGUGUACAAAUUUCCCUUUGGAGGCAGCUGCACUGGGGCUUUUAACCCUUCUUCCAAGGUGCCAGAGAAAAAUGUUGGGGAUGCAGCAAGCGCCGACAAGCCUAGUGGCCAGUACUAUGGCAGCAGAGAACAGGAGGUGGCAGAGGCAUAUCCUUAUCGAGAACAAGCAGCACCAGGGCCUAAUCCGUACGAGGAGCACAGGUUCUACCAUCAUGGCCUGUUUGGGAGACUAUAUUCCUCAAUGUCAGAUACAAACCUUUCUGAAAUGGGCUUGAACUAUUACCCAGUUAAGGGAGGGCAGCCCUUCAAUGCUCCUGCUGGGGAUUCCGCUGUGGAUCUGACCACCAUGAAACCUCCAUACAGCCACAGCUUCACCGAGGGAGGCUACAUGGGGCACGGAAUGCAGUACGGCUCUUUCUCUGACCUCAGGCAGCCCAGUGACUUGCUGAGCCAUUCCUACCCAAUGCGGAGAUAUAGCUCGGCCUCCAAUAUCUACUCUGACUACAGGUAUUCGCUAAGAGGGGAUCUGGCAAAUUUCCAGGAAGCCAGCCUGGCUCAUUAUAGCGCCACAACAGCCCGCGAAAUCAGCCGAAUGUGUGCAGCACUCAACUCUAUGGACCAGUACGGUGGACGGCAUACGAACAGCUCAGAUCUCCUCCAAUAUGGACAGUAUGGGCCAGGAGGGGGCGGAGGCAUCUCGGCCCAGCAGGGUGCCAUGAAAUCAAACAUGAUGUACAAGCCAAAUUUCCCAGAGUCUGGCCAAGGCUAUGGAAACCUAGCCCAGUACAACCUCUCCAGACUUGGAGCUGUCAGACAGGGACUCCCUUCCACAGCCACCGUCCGAGCUGCUGAUGGCAUGAUUUAUUCAACCAUCAACACACCAAUCGCAUCAACUCUCCCCAUCACUACCCAGCCAGCUUCUGUGCUGCGCCCCAUGCUCCGAGGCCUAUAUAGACCCUAUGCCCCAGGCAGUAUCACAGCUGUCCCUCUGGCCAGCUUGACCAGAGUGCCUCUAGUUGCUCCCAGGAUCCCCCUUGCAUCCCAAGGUCUGUAUCGUUAUCCAGUGCCCAGCAGACUCCCAGCGGCUCCCACAUCUUCAGUAAUGGAAACACCAAUGUAUUUGGGGAAGCCUGUUAGCACCACUGCAGCCAGCACUGCUGCCAGUAGCGUAAGCCCAGCACCAGUUUCCAAGCCCUCGGCUCCGACUGCUGUCGCCUUGCAAAGGCCUGAGCAGAAAGGCAGAGAGGAGGCUGCUGCAGUGACUUCUGGGGUGCAGAGUACUGUCAGGGAUGCCAGCCAAGGACAGCAGCAGCAACAGCAGCAGCCACCGCCACCGCCGCCUCCACCACCACCACCACCACCACCACCACCAACCCAGAAACAGGCCGAAGCUACCCAGCCCAGCAUUGCCAGCAAAGCAGCCACAGAAAGGGAAGAAAAGGAGAAGGAGGAAGAGAGGCAGAGGAAGCAGCAGGAGCACAUCCUCCAGAUUGAGAGGGAGAGAGUCGAGCUGGAGAAACUGAGGCAGAUGAGGCUGCACGAGGAGCUGGAGCGGGAGCGAGUGGAGUUGCAGAGGCACAGAGAGAAGGAGCAGCUGCUGAUGCACAGGGAGAUCCAGGAGCUGCAGUCCAUAAAGCACCAGGUCCUGCAACAGCAGCAGGAGGAGCGCCAAGUCCAGUUUGUGCUGCAGCGGGAGCAGCUGGCCCAGCAGCGCUUGCAGCUGGAGCAGAUCCAGCAAUUGCAGCAGCAGCUGCAGCACCAACUGGAGGAGCAGAAGAGGCAGAAGAGCACCUUCCCUCCUGUCUGUGACCCUUCGGGGAGGCUCCCUCCCCAGGCCGCGUCAGAGAUCACCAUAGAAAUGCAGCGGACCCUUGCUCAAAAUGGGCAAUACUGGCCACCCAUGAACCAAGCAUUUAUAGCUACUGCGGCCCCAGGGCAAGACGGGCAAGGGCAGCCUCGCUACCCUGGACUCCAGAGGCCUCUCACCAACUCAGCCUCUGAAAUGUCCCUGCAGACGGAAGACCAGUGGGAAGCCAGUCGGGGGAUCAAGAAGAGGAACUCCAUGCCGCGCCUCCGGGAUGCUUAUGACAAGGAGCCAGGCCACGAGCCAUAUGUUGCAGUGAAGAAGAUCACAGACAGCAGUGUGCAGACGGAUGAGGAAGAUGGGGAGGAGCGCUUCUAUGCAUCCCGCCGGCGGCGGACCCGGCGCAGCACCGACUGCAGUGUGCAGACCGACGAGGAAGACAAUGGCGAGUGGGAGCAGCCCGUGCGGCGCCGGCGCUCCCGCUUUUCGCGGCACUCAGACUCCAACGCAGAAAGCAAGCCAGACUCUUCGGCCAAAGGCACGGCUAGCAUAGCAAUCCAGACCAUCAGUGACUGCUCUGUGCAAACCGAACCUGACCAGCUCCACCGAGUGUCCCCUUCCAUCCACAUCACCACCCCUGACCCCAAGGUGGAGAUCGUGAAAUACAUUUCUGCCCCCGAGAAGACCCAGCGAGGAGAGAGCCUGGCUUGCCAGACGGAGCCGGAAGCGCAGCCACAGCCAGGCAUCGUGAUCCCCCAGCUCACUGUGCCUACGACGAUUACGCCUUACUCCUCCAACAUCCAGAUCGUAAGCACAGGCCCCCUGGAUCCCCAUUCGGUCCGACAGCAGGCCUUGGGGAAGAAGAAGCCCGACCCCCUUGAAAUUGGCUACCAAUCCCACCUGCCGACAGAUUCCUUGUCUCAGCUGGUGUCCCGUCAGCCUCCCAAGUCCCCCCAAGUGCUCUACUCCCCAGUCUCGCCCCUGUCCCCACAUCGGCUGCUAGAGUCUUCCUUCACAACCAGCGAGAGGCUCAACAAGGCCCACGUGACCCCGCAGAAGCACUUCACAGCCGACACCACCCAGCGCCAGCAGACCCUACCUCGCCCCAUCAAAACCAUGCAGCGGUCCUUAUCUGACCCCAAGCCCAUCAGCCCAACAUCAGAGGAGUCUGCAAAAGACAGGUUCUCCUUGUAUCAGCACGCGUUGCUUCCUGGUAGCCAGGUAAGAUUGCCGCUUCUCUGAUAAGUAAGAGAAGUCUGAUGAUAUUUCUGCUUUUCUGUUUAAAGGCCCCCGCUUAUCACGCAAUCACUGUAUGCAGCAGGAAUGAAGGAGAGCUGCUUUAAAGUCCCCGUGAAGAUAAGACACAACAGGCUUAUUGGUCACAGCAGGUCCCUCACUCUCCAUGUAAAGCUUGUUUUGCAACUUUCUUCACAGACAUGCAAGUCAAAUGCAUGAUGCUCUUAAUCAUGCUCCUCUCCUUCAAGCAGAGUGCCCACAUUUUUAAACCCAAAAAAUUGCUAAAAUAAGAUAAAACCAUGAAGACACUGAAAAUAAUUAUAAAAUUGCUUUAAGGAUUGGUGAGGUAGUGGACAUUGACCAGUAAGUACCCACUGCAGCCAGGGGCAUAGGAAGGGGGGGGCGGUCCGCCCCGGAUCUCAUCCCUGACAAGGGUAUCAAAAUCCCCCCUGGGCAGAUCACCACCAUGCCGAUCACCCCCCUGGGCGGAUCGCUGCUGUGCCAAUCUGCCCCCCAGGUGGAUUGCCGCCAAGCGACUAGCUCUGCUGCUGACUGCAGCCUGCUUUCACUUGACAUGCUGAAAAUUUCCAGAACCACUUUUUCAGAGUUCAUUUCAAGACAUUGAAAGGUUUAUGCAUUUUCUAUACAGCAAAGGCACUUCCAAACCACCUUCACUAUACUUAAAAUGAUUCCUCUGUCUUAACCUUUGAGAAAUGUAUUCCCUCUUACUGGAUGUUAAUGUGUGGUUUGUAUAUAAGGCAUGAAUAUAUAUACAAAGUCCAGGCUAUCUGAAAAACUGUAUUCCCUCAUACGAACCUUCCCAGGUUCUGAGAUCUUUAGGUGAGGCCCUUCUCUUGGUCCUGCCACCCUCACAGUUAUGUUUGGUGGGGAUGCGAGAGAGGGCCUUUGGAAAUCCCUCCCUGCAGAAGUUAUUAUGCCUCCCUCCAUGUUGUCCUUCCACUGGCAAGUGAAUACCUUCUUAUUCCAACAGGCUUUGGGGAACUGUCGGCUUUUAUGAAAGGGCAGGUGCUGUUUUUAUUAUAAUUAGCUAUAUGUUUUUAAUAGAUCUCUGAUAGAUGGAUGGGUAGAUAGAUAUUUAAUUUCAUUAAUGUUUAAUUGGUUUUAAUUAUUGUAUUUUUUUCUAUGCUUUUGGCUAUUCUUAUUUUGUCCGUAAGCCGCCUUGAGUCCCUGUCAGGGAAACAGGCAGGGUAUGAAUACAUUUAUUAUUAUUAUACCCCACAGCGUGAAAGAAUCCACUGCUACUCCUUAUGUUCCCAGUAUGAUAUCAGAUACUAGAACAUCUUCAGGCAAUCUACAGACAUCUUAAAGAGGGGACCAUCACAUCUCACUCAUACAACAUUGCAGAUUGGCAUCCUGGUCUUCAGGAGCAAAGUCUAGUUUUGAAUUGCACAGCACCCUUACUGAAUUUUUGCAAGAAAUACAUAAUGAACUCCAUUCCUAACAUAUUUUGUAUAUAAAGUCUUGUGCUUUUAUUAUACUUCUCAGCUUUUCCUACCUACCAACUGCAGCAAUUCUUCUCAUAUAGGAUUGCAUUAUGUCUACCCUCUUACAGCAAUCUCUUUUGCUUCGUCUUUAAUAUAUGUUUGAUACUCUGUGGUGUGGUUCAGUAUCAGCAAGAUACUGAACACACCCAAGUCCAAAAUAGCAAGUGCUCCCUUUUCUGCAUCCUAAAAACCCAUGCAAGCGGAGAAGCUGUGUGUUCUCUCUUGUGCCAUCUAGUGGCAAUAAAGAAAAAUAGCCUUUUGUGCUUUGGGAAAAACAUGUUGUUAGCUGCUAAGGAACUCCUACGUGGCAUCUCAGAGGAACUUUCCCUUCAUUAGUACAUAUGAAAACAAGACAUCCAUGUGGGAAUUGUCAUGAGAUCUUUCGCUUUAGUACCUGCCAGGACAGCUGCGCAAGGGGAAAUCGUAUCCCAUUCCCUAAAAUGUCCAUCAACUCACCUUCGUCAGUCAUAUCCUUUUCUACACAGACAUAAGAAAUCUAUAUUUUGGAAAGCUGAUAAAUUGCAAUGGAAAGGUGCUUCCAGACAUUGGGGGUGGGGUGUUAAUCUAGGAAGCAUUCUAAUUUUCUGGCUUUAGCAGGCUGUACAUCUGUAUUCUUGCUCUGUCAAGCUCUUGUGGUAGGCAACACAGGUUUUCCAGAUAGUCUUAACAUUACAGUUUGCAGCUGUGAGAAACCAGUACAAGUGCUAAUAAAUGUUUUCUAUUGCAAAGUGGUCCCAGUCAAUAAACCUGCUGUUAUGUUUUGAACUAAUUGCAGUUUUUAAACGACCUUCAAGUGCAGUCCCCAGUACAGCACAUUGCAGUAGUUUAAAAAAAGACUGUGCCAAAAUCAAGAACAACUAUCUCUGGCUUAUCUUUGUGUCACUGAGACCACUUGGGCCACUAUGGAUAAGACUAAAUCUAAUAGCAUCCCCAGACUACAGGCCUGAUUCUUAAGGGGGAGUGCAACCGCAUCCAGAACAGGCAACAUAGCAUCUCCCAUGGCAGACAGACUAGAAUACUGUACAUACCACACCCCAAAUUUAUGGGUGACUUCCCUCAGAUGUUAACAGCAUGGGGACAGAAUGAAACCUGGCAGAACACCAGAGACAGAGCUGCAGUCCCCAGCACCACCUUCUGAAAUACUAUGGAAAAAAGUCCCCCCAAUCUUGACUUCAGACAGCCUUUCCAGAAACAUACCAUGAUUGAUUAUAUUGAUAGCUGCUGAGAGGCCCAGGAAAAUUGACAGGGUUUUGCAGUAUCCCAACCCUACACCCUGAGUUCGUUCCUCAGGACAACCAAUGCUAUUUCAAUGACAAAACCAGGUCAGAAAAAGGAUUCGGGUGGGUCCAAAGAAUUUGUGUCAUCCAAGAAUGUCUGCAGUUGCACUUAAGCAGCUUUCCCCUAAUGGGAAUGUUUGUGACCAGCUAACAGAGGGGGGGAAAGUCUUGUGGACACAAAGGAGCCUUCUUAGGGAAUGACCAUGUAACCAUUGUCUUCAAGGUAAUCAGGAUUGCACACACACCCCUCUUUUCAUGGAACAUUUAUAACUUCCUGGAGCCAACUGGUCAAACACUCUCCUGCUUGAUAUAGUAAGCAAGAUGGUCGUACCAAACAGGUAAUUGGCUCUGGUCCUUGUCUCAGCAAUUGAAAGUCAUUUCAUAAAAAAGGAAUAGAUGGCACUCUGGAUGUAUUCAUUGCAGAUCCACAAGAAUGCAGAGUGCAGGUUGCCACAGAUGCAAGCAAUUUUAUCCUCAGAGUACUUAGUAGAUGAGUGAUAACAGACAUCCAAGGACUUAUCCCAUCAACUUAUGUCCCAGUACCUCUGUUUUCUCCCUCUCCUGCAUGCUUUAGACUCACACAGUGUCAUUUUGAAACACCAGCUGUAUUUACUUGGCUUUUUGUGUCUGUAAGUUUGAGUGUUGCAUAUAUCUGAGUAGACACUGAAAAGGACAAAGAGAUAUUAGUUGGGGACUUUUGGCCUGUGAAUCUAAUUAGGCCUGCCAGACCAUUUUGGCCAAGCCAUGCCCAUCUGCCCAGCACCUGAUGUCAUAUAUAUCGCAUCAGGUGUGGGGCAGAUAAAAACACAAUGGGGGUUUGCAAGGCACAUUGAAGCCCCAGCUGUUAGGUGGUUGUUGGGGCUUCAAAUCACCACCUAGGGAUCUCUACAAGCAUCGACAAUCAACUGGUUGUGGGUGCCUGAAGUGCACAGCCAACAAUCAGCUGAUUGUUGGGAAUCCAAAGCACAUCUCUUACAAACAGCAGGGAUUGGCUGCACUAGGGAAGUCCCCAUUGGGAAAUCCAUAGUGCAGCUGAGGAGGCUAGAGGAAACAGUGUGGAUUCAAAAUGCUGGCGGAAGCACUAAAAAAUGAGGAUUUAUCCCUCUGCAAAGAAAGUGGUUUGGAUUCAGAGUCCUUCAUCCAGCUCUUUGAAUCCAAUUAUUUCUUCUGGAGAGAGAGAAAUGUUCAGCUUUGAAUCUUUCUCUUUCUCUCUCCAGAGGAAACAGCUUGAUAAACUUAGGGCUAACAUGCUAAUUCCUACAUGCUUCCCAUGUAGGAAUUUUGUAGUGUUUGAAGUGCCCUGCAAUAGUCAUGAAAAGCAUUUGACAGUUACACUUCUGGAAUGACAACUCUCCAGAAUAGGCUUGCAUAUAUGUCAGCCAUGAGUUGUAUUUGGAUUUUUAAGGUGUUUUCUUGCCUGACUUGAAGAUACUGCCUCAGUGUGUGAACUGAUCAUGAUGCUCUUGGGCAAAUUCUACUGAUGAAAUGAGUGCUGUUUACAUUUUUGAUGCAGCAUAACGUCUUAAUAUAUUCCUCCCUUGUCAGUCUUUGGGAGGUGUUCCUCAGUGCAACUGGAGGAUUGCCUAAAGCAAUGAUAUCAAAGUUUUGCCAUUAUUUCUCCAUGUCUACUCUGCACACCUCUCUGCAUAUCCAAUAUUCCAUGCUGUAGAAUAACCUUUUCUGCAGGAGAAUUUCCCCAGCAGGUAGACUUGGACAUUUCCAUUUGAUUAACGUUCCAACAAUGAAUAUUUUAAAAGGCUGGACUUGGAUUACAGCCUUGGUGUGUGCACAUACACAGUCAUUUACAGAUGCACUCUCAGUGCAUCUCCCUGUACACAGUGCUAAUAUCUUCAGUUUCUUGAUUAACAGGCUGGGGCCCAGGUUGACAAAAAGCCCUCAUUCCCUGAACACCCUCUCUCCAACCCACCUAGCAAAAGAUGGAGUCCUCCUGGGUGCCAAAAAAUAGCUGAAGGCUGUAUUCUGUAUUACAUAACGGUUGCUUUAAUUUUGGCAUUUUCCUAGAACACUAGCACUAAUUGCAGCAUCAGUAAGAACACAAUAGUUGGUUAGACGAAGGGUCCCUCUAGAAGAGUUUUUGGAUUUGAUAUCCCGCUUUAUCACUACCUGAAGGAGUCUCAAAGCGGCUAACAUUCUCCUUUCUCUUCCUCCCCCACAACAAACACUCUGUGAGGUGAGUGGGGCUGAGAGACUUCAGAGAAGUGUGACUAGCCCAAGGUCACCCAGCAGCUGCAUGUGGAGGAGCGGAGAUGCGAACCCAGUUCACCAGAUUACGAGUCUACCGCUCUUAACCACUACACCACCCUGGCUCUCUCUGUUAGAUGCUUCUAGGAGACCCGCCUACAGCCUCCCCCAUUGCUUCCUCCCUCUGCCCCCAGGAACUGGUAUUCAGAGGUUCCAUUUAUUUACCAUGACUGAUAGCUGUUGAUAGCCUUAUCCUCCGUAAACCUGUCUAAUCCUCUUUUAAAGUCAUCACAACAUCUUGCGGCAACAAAUUCCAUAAGCUCAUUAUAUGCUGUUUGAAAAAGUACUUUCUUUUGUCUGUCCUGAAUCUUAUCACCAAUUAAUGUAAAUAGUGACCCUGAAUUCUAGUUGGAAGGUUUUUAGUUGGUUGGUUUUUAGUUAUUCUCUCUAGACUAUUCAAAAUGUUUUUCUCCAGUACAACUUCUACAAUAUCCCUUUUGUUCACCUGUAAAAGCCUCAACUGCUUUAACCUUUCAUGGUAGGGAAGGUGCUAUACACUCAUCAUUGUGUGCCCUCUUUCAGCAUUUGCUCCAGCUCUACAAUAUUCUUUACAUAUUCAAAUACGGUUGUAUUACAGCUUUGUACCAAACCAUUACAAUACUGACCACAUUAUUAUUUAGAAUCUUGUAAACAACCCUUUAUAUGAAAUUUGUUUUUAUCACUGAUGCCUCACAAUGAAGUGAUGUUUUCCACCCGGCAUAUAGGUGGGUGGAAUUUUUUCUCUCAGUGUUUAUCACUUUUCCAUUUUCAGUUAACGUAACUUGCCAUUUUGUUUUGCCUAUUCACUCAGUUUGCGGACAUCCUUCAGGACAGGAGUAGGGACUCUGUCAAGAGUUCAACCGUGAGGGAGAGGUCAGCUUGGCCAGCACACUCCCCGCAGGAAAUGCACUAGGGAAGCACCACCCAGCAGGACUGAACUCUCUGCUCAUCAGCUGAUGAGAGGGGUGUUAAAUCCUGCUGUUUUGACUGUAUACCAGUUCCCUGUGGGGACCUGGUGGGCACAGCCAAUGCAGAAUUCAACCUCGCCCAUCAGCUGAUUGGCAGGUGGAAGUGCUUUGGGGGAAACUGGAGGUCAAAUUGGACCCCCUAGUAGGCCAAGAUUGGCCUGUGGGCUAUAGGAUCCCUUUCCCUGCUUAAGGAGCUCUUCUCAUUCUACCUCAAGCCCCAUUCUGAUUGAUAUCAUCCAAAAACUUGGCCACCUUACGACUUACUCCUUGACCUGAUGUAAAUAAGUUAAAUUGCAUUGGUUUCUAUACAUAUCCUUGAGGGACUCCACUGCUUACUUCUGUCUAUUGUGAAUACUGUCAAUUUGUUUAUUCCUGUCUUAUGAUGCCUCUUCUUUAACCAAUUAUCAUGAGAGGACCCUGAACAAAGGUUAGACUAAUAGAUUUGUAAUUUCCUGAUUUUCUGCCAGCUUUAAAAAGUUGAUACAGGAUUAUUUUAAGGAAAUUGAGUUUUAAUGACAAAGGUCAUAUUUUAAUUGGAUGAUCAACGAUUUCAUAUUGGGUGUGUGGCAUCUGGUGACUUUUUUGUGGUCAAUUAGCCAUAGACCUUCAUCUCUUGCCAUCUCUAAUGAAUACUAGUUCCUGUAUCUUCCACAGUGAAUUCAUCCAGCUUCUCAGUAAUCUUCCUAUUCUCAUUCAGCAAUUCUUUCACACCACUUUUGUCUUAACAGUCUGACAGCUCCCCAGGCUAGUUUCCUCAUUCUAAAGGAUCAAAAUAAAGCUGUAUAGUUUUGAACAAUAUCUCCCUCAAAUUUUAUUCACUUGGUUUAUUGUCAUUUUACAUUUGUUUUACCAGAGUUUAAGCUCUUUUUGUUUUCCCAAUUUGGACAAGGCAUCCAUUUUCUAAAAGAAAGCUUCUUCCUUUUACUGUUUCCUUGAAGUCUGCUCAUUAACUAGGUGGGCAUCUUCCUGGCUUUGUUUAUUCCUUUCUAAUCUGCUGUAUAGAUUUUAUCUGAGCUUCUAGUACAGUAUGUUUCAUUAGCUUCCAAGUGUUCUGAAGACAUCUGACUCUCCCUUUCAAGUUCCUUUUAACUAAUCCCCUCAUUUAUUAGGUUUCUUCCGUCAAUAACAUUAUGAUUGGCAUUCUGGUAUUCUGACACUAUUCUCAUCUUGCUUUUGCCUUCAGGCUUUACACUUGGGACUUCAAGUACUGCAGGAUAGUUAUUUAUUGUUUGAUGAACAGCUUGUGUUUGUUAGCUGACAGAAUAAAAGAUUAGUACCUCUCUGUGUAUCAGCUACUAGCUGAGGAUGCAUAGUGGUAGUGAUGUGUAAAAUGUUCAUGAUCUUCAAUAUUUUCAUGCAAAAACCGUCAUUUCAAAGGGUCCACAACUUCCCCUUUAUUUCCAUUUCAAGAUUAUUUUCAUGCUUCUUCCACAGCUCUCCCCCACCACCUCCACUUCAGCUCAGCACUACAUGAUGUACUUUAAUAGGUUAGACACACAUGAGAGAUGACACAUUUUACAAAUGAUGCAGACUCAAACUCUUGGCAGAUUCAUUUGACUCCUCCACGCUGUCAUUUAUCCUGGGUCACUACUGAAAUUCUGUUGAUUUCACCAGCACUAGACCUACCUCUACAGUAUAAACACUUCUGAUUGACAUAUGCACUGAGAAUGUGUGGAACUCACCUAGGUAUAGUCUGCUACUGUUUAGGGCACUACAAAUUGUAUGCAGUAAAAAAGGGAGAAAUUUCCUCAUUCUUCAGCGUGUGGCUUCAAAGCUGCAGCCUGCUUUAUGUGCUGUUCAGUUCUUCUUGGAGCUGCUACUGCAGGAUCUGCCGCAGUUGUCUCUCCUUCUCUAUUGACAUCCUGCAGCUGAGGAGUGAGAGAAAUCCCUGAAAAUCAGCUGCUUUGACAGGCCAAGAUAGCAAUGACACUUAGGUCCAAGAGUGUUCCUUGUCAGCUCUAGAAUCUGGAAGAACCAGCUGAUACCCACUGAUACUUGCUGCCCAAAUUUCAGCGGCAGAAAUCUCCCUUCUGCAAUUGCUGCUGGAGCUGUUGCAUGGCUUUUAAAAGACAAUUACCUAAGAUGAUGUAGGAAUCCAAAUGCUGCUUGUCGUGAGCCCUGUUGCUGCAAAAUGGACUGUUGAGACAUGUCCUCCCGAUGCAGGAGUGCAAGGGAGAAGGCUAAAUAUGGCUGCAUUAUAAGUGCACUGUAAGUAUCACAAGCUACCAAUGCAUUGAAUAGGUGUGAGGCAGAGAGCAGUGGAACUAUGUAAGCCUCUCUUCCUUUCUCACACUUUUUCCUUUCCUUCUCAUUCUCUGUAUCCCUUGUUUCCUCUCUGCUCCCUUUCUCUAAAAGUGCAAUACUUCUAGAUGGUUCAGGAUAUAAAGGAAUCACAGGUUAAUACCUGCCUUGAAAAUCUCAAAACAUAGCAAGGCCACAUUAGCCUGAUAUAUACUGAAACUUUAUGAAGAUCGAGUUAUGUCUGGUGCCUGUACAAAGAUUUUUGGGAGAUCAACAGGUUGGUGAUAUCCCAGAAAAAUGAAAGUGAGGAUCUAUCUACUCUUUUGUUGUUUAAAGUUAAGCCUGCUACAUCAAAAGGCUUGCAUCACAUAUCUUAUCAUUUAUCUUUCUGUUUUCCCCCUGCAAUGAAGGGUGACUGCUGAAAGCAAUAGAGAAGCAAGAAAGUGUGCUUUUGCGAAACUGCACCAUUCCUCCAGGGCACAAGUCACCAACCUUUUUGGACUAGUGGGCACAUUAUGAAAUUUCAGAGAGUUCCAGGUCUCAAAAUGACUGCCAUGAAGGCAGGGGUGGCAUAACACAAAAUUAGAUGCCCACCACUGACAACCUUAUUCUUGCCAUGGAAAGUCAGCUAUGUUCUGCUGGUCCUGAUUAUGGAGAUCCAACACUGAUAGAUGCUGUUGCUCUCUAAUAACAACAGGGAGCAUUCCCCAGGAAAAAGCAAAAAUAUACUAGGUAGCCACUCUCAUUUUACAGAAAUCACUUAGAAGGGACCUGCAAAUGUUACCCCAUAACUUUCUUUCUAAGAAGGCUAGAGACACUUGCCCAGGGACACCACUGGUGACCUAGGGCUAGCAGGCCCUGUGUGGGAAAGCAGCUCUCAUGAGAAACAAAAACUGGCUGCUAUGAAAAUACUCAUGAAAUGAUCUCUGACUGCCCAAAAGCUAAUUGUUAAUAUUUCUGCUCAUCAGAAUGUCUUCAUGUCAGACAGAUGACAUUUUGCCUGCAAGGCAUCCUUGCCCUCUCUGCUUGGCCCAAUGGAAACCUGCAGGCUGCAUGGCCCUUAGAGACCAAUCAGAGAUACUGAUGGAAUAGCUGUUAUCCCCUCCUCCAAGAUCUACAUGAUAGCUGUCUCUUUCUAGGGCCCUACUGAUCCUGUAUAGUCAUUUCAAAAUAUGUUACUUGCAUGACCUCAGAUACUCUAACACUGCAAAACGUUGUUCUCUAGCAUUGUUAGGGUCUCAUAUUUCCACUGGUUAUGUAAGAUCUGCCAAGGUGGCAAGACCUUUGGGGAGAUUUCCUUCCACCUGGAUUUUACAUACUGUUUGGCUUGGGCUUCCACAAAAGCAAGACCAAAAAAUAAUAAUAAUCACAGGAUCAUCUGAACUUCAAAGACAGUGGAUUUACACCUUCAGACUAAAUAAGAGUGCCUUUCCCAGACAGACAAAUUUUGCAUUAUUAGAAACUUGCUUUGCCUGCAAAAGCAGAAAUCUUCCCAAGAUAAUCUAAGCAGAGAUUUUUAUUUUAACUUUUUUAUUAUUAUUUUUUAAAUCUGUGAACCAGACUGAGUUGAUUUUUGUUCUGGCUCAUUAGAGAAAAAUAUUCAAGCUGAUUCCUGCUUCUUUCAGAACUCAUUUCCUCAAUGUCAGUAGCUGUGGUGAUUCAUAUAGUAUAAUGUUGCCAUUAACAUCAUUAUUCAACUUAGCCUUUCCAAUAUUAAGAAGCAGUCCCCCACACACCUGCCCCAAAUCAUGAGAAUUUGUAUACAGUAUAUUUUAGUUGUACAUUUUAGUUUUGAAGAUAACCACCCAAAGGCUUCCUGAAUUGAACAUUCUCAGUGGGUGUUUUUUGGGGGGAGGGGGUAAAAGAAUGAGGCACCUCUACUCAUAUAAUGAUAAAAGUGUUGUGGGUGCCAGCACAAAAUGGCUGCCAUGUGCUGCAAAUGAAUAAAAUAAAAACAAGUGCUGGUACUCUAUAUCCAGUGAGUACUUUAGCAGAAAGAGCCAUGGACAUGCUAAUCUAGGGCGUUGCAAAAUUUCAAAACCUCCAUAGAAAUACAAUUUCGUUAACCUAAUUUAAUUUAAUAUAAUGGAGAGGGUGAAGCAUCAUUAAGCAGAAUCAUUACCAUAUUGGCCCGAAUAUAAGCUGCACCCAAACAGUGGUGUCGCAAGCUGGGGGCAGGGGGGGCGGUGCGCCCUGUGUCCCAUGUCUGGGGGGGUGACAAGACACCCCCAGGUGUCUUGGCACCCUGUGGGGUGCUUGCCCUGCUGCCCCGGCCCGGGCCUGUCAGCACGAGCAGCCAUCGCGCCGCCACAGGCAAAUGUGGAGGAUCCUCUGCUCAUGGCUGCAGCUGCGGGCAGAGGAUCCCACCACCGUCCAUACAGCUCUCUGGUGGCAGCGGCGGCAAACCGCUUCAUACAACGCAUGCACUGUGUCACAUGCAUGCGCUGUGCAUACUGACGCCACACAUGCGCUGUACAUAGCGGUUUGUCACUGGCGCCGCUGGAGCGCCGUACGGACACGGUGAGAUCCCUCCGCCGCCAGUAGGAGUCGCUCACAGCAAGCUGGGGGGCUCCCUCCCAGCCUCCCUCGCUCCCCGGCUCGCCAUAAGUGGCUACUGCUUUGCUGCUUUACAGCGAGCCGGGGAGAGAGGGAGGGGGACGGAUGGGAGCCGUGGCUCCUGAGAGGACAAGCUGCGCAGCUUUGCCAGCACCCUGGCAAAGCAGCAUAGCUCCCCCCCUUCCCCCGAUGGCUUGGGGUACCUGGGAGUCGCGGGGGUGGGGACGCAGAAGCAUAGGGAGCGGGGGCAGACCACCCCAGGUUUCAUCACUGAGGGGAUGACAUUUGGUGCCUGCCCGCGACUCCCAAGCCUACCACAGCUGUCAAUGUGGGGGGGGGUGACAAAAAAAAUUCCAUACUGGGUACCACCUGGGCUUGCUACGCCUUUGUACCCGAAUAUAAGUCACUCCCUUAAAAUUCCACAGGUACUCACACCCAUUCCAUUUUACCAUAUGUCUGUUUCAGCAACGAUAUCGUAAAAGCCAGCUUUUGUAAGGUUGUGAAUUUAAGCCACACUUUAACUUUUCAUGGUUGGAAUUUAAAAGAAAAUAAAACUGUGGCUUGUAUUUGGGCCAAUAUGGUACAUAGAAUCAUUGAGGAUUCUGUGUCAGAGACGGGCAGGAGCAUGACGGCUGGGGGAAUGUGUGGGAAGAGGAGACAGGUGGUGGCAUAGUUGUCAACUUUCCCCUUUAUUUAAGAGAAAUUCCCUUAUUCCAAAUAGGAUUCCUCGCAAGAAAAGGGAAAAGUUGACAGCUAUGGGUGGUGGUGGGGAGGACCCCUCAGAAGGGGCCAGUGAUUUGUGAGGUUCUGAGGAGAUUGAGGGGAGUCAGGAGGAAGAAACUGGGGAGUCAGAAACAGGGAAAGGAGGAAGGAAAAGCUGGAAGAGGUCUCGGAAGCUGACCUUUGAGAUCCCUUCUCUCCCCACCUCCGCUGUAUCUCUGCUCAAGGAGAGGCUUGAAGUGAGGGGAGCAACUGGUGCUUCCGCACACCACAUCAGACAAGGGGUGGGAGCUAAGAAAACAGGAAGGGGCACCAUUCUGCAGAGGUAGAUUUCCUAGGCAGCUAGUUAGUAGGAAGGGGCGUGUAUAUCUCUUGCACCUUAGCAGCUGAUGUAACCAAGUGCUUUGCGAAUAAAGGACUAUAAUUCCUGUCGCUUGUCCUCAUUGGUCUGGCUGCAUGUGGCAUCCUUGUGACUCAAGUGCUUCUGAGUCCUGGUGAGUUUUAACAACCAUUAAUGUGCAAGGUUACACUUUGUCUCCAUCACAAGAUUAGAGCCAGUGUGAUGCUGGUCCAGGGGGGAGGUUACCGUGGGGCGAGGUCCAGGACCUGAGUUGAGGGUCGCCAGACAGUCCUCCUCGGGCAAAGCAGGGUCCACAGCGAGGAGCCGGGCAAGGACAGGAACUCUGGGGGAACAGGACUGGAUGCUGGCCGAAACAGCUCAUCAACGACGUUGCUCCCGCAACCUGGGACCGGGCUGACUGGCCUUUAUCUUCUCUGAGGCCAGGGGCGGUCCCGGCCCCCAGGAGACCCGCCUCUCCUGGCCUUAAGGCGAGCACUCCUCCUGGGAGAAACCAGUUCCCUUCGCCUCUCUGCCCUGAGCCUCUGCAGUUCAGGAGAGGCUGAAGGGUUACUGGACCCAGGGGGAGACUCACCUGUAGGCACUGAGUCCUCAACCACCUCUGGAGCCAGAGUGGAUUCACCUGGUGCCUGCUCCUGAGGAUCCGGCACAGGUGCAGGCGCUUCAGAAUCAAGGCCCUGCCCCAGUUCAGCCAGCCCUGGAGGCGGGGACUCCCGUGCAGGCUGGGACUCCUCCGGUUCAGCCUCUGAAUCGGAUUCCUAGGCCAUCACAUGUAGUAUUUAAAAGUGUGGGACUAGGACCUGGGAGACCAGCGUUCAGUUAUCCACUCGGCAAAGCUCACUUGGGCCAGUCACUCUCAGCCUCACCUACCUCAAAGAGGGAUGGGGGGGUUAAAUGAAGGGGGGAAUAAUCUAUGCCACUUAGAGCUUGAAAAGGGUGCGGUAAAAUAUGAGAUAUAUGUAAUGGGCCUGUCUUAGAAGAUAGGAACCCCAGAAGUGUGGGCCACUGUUGAGUAAUACACCCACCUGGUAACUAAAAAUGGAAAUGUGUUCUUUCACACACAUGGUUACCUGCUAUCUAAAUUAAGCUUUCCAUUACCUUCUAGAUUUCAACCCUGCAGUCAAACACCCUCAUUCGGAAAGUGAAACGGACACUGCCUAGCCCCCCACCAGAAGAAGCUCAUCUCCCUCUGGCCAGCCAAGCUCACUCACAGAUGUACAUGCCGGGCCUCAUGCAGAAGGGAGUGGCAGGGCCAGCCAUUCAGGUGACGAAGGCCAGCCUCCUCAAAGACAUUGACCGCGACUUGAAGCUAGUGGAGCACGAGUCCACAAAGCUGCGGAAGAAACAGGCUGAGCUUGAUGAAGAAGAAAAGGAGAUUGAUGCCAAACUGAAGUACUUGGAACUGGGGAUUACGCAGAGAAAAGAGUCUUUGCUGAAGGACCGGAACGUCCGUGACUAUCCCUACCUGAGAUGCUUGGGGGAAAACAGGGAUUAUAUGUCUGACAGCGAGCUCAACAACCUAAGACUCUCUGGCUAUGAGAGUCUGACAAGGCCUAGUACUGCCCCUUCCAAUCAGUACCCUGACUUUUCCAGUGCACAGUACACAUCAGCCUCCUCUUACACCCCAUAUCAGUACUCCUCAGGACAAGCUGCCCCACCAGCCCCAGCCGCAUUCCAGCAAGCAAGGUUUCAGCCUCCACACUACCCCUCAGCAAGCAAUGUCCCUGCGCAGAAUGGAUUCCAAGCAAGCCAGAUGCCGGCCUACCCUUCCCAAACGACAUACCAGAGUCACAGCUUUACUCCAAGCACCGGGUAUCAGUCUGAACAGGUUCUGCAAAGUCACCAAGGCUUCCGGCCACCUUACCAAGCACAGACCACGUAUCCCAGUCAGACACCUCUGCAGCCAGCACAGAGCGCUCUUUUCCAGACCCACGCGGACACACACACCACCUCCCAGAAACCGCGGCAGACAUCGCUAGCUGACCUCGAGCAGAAGAUGCCCACUAAUUAUGAAGUAAUAGGCAACCCCACUGUGGUCAUCUCAGCCGCAACUCCAGAAGUGACAUACAGCACCACAACUGUGACCAGCAGCUACGACCAGUACAAGCCGCCAGAAGGAAGGCUGGUGGAUAGGAGCGGUGUAGCUCAAAGUCCCUCGACCAGCUAUUCCUCUGACUCCCUCUACACCAACCUGGAGCAGAACAUUCCUCGGAACUAUGUAAUGAUUGAUGACAUCAGUGAACUAACCAAAGAGAGCACCUCAGCAGAGGGCCAAAAAGGAGAUUCGCAGUUGCAGAGCAGUAAUGGGCGAUAUAUGAAAGAAAAGAGUGACUUCACAGACACAGAUGUCUCCAGCAGGCCUUGUUGCUACCCAAAGGGAGAAGAGUCAGAGGAGGACAUGUAUGAUCACCACGGCCCUGACCAUCGUGGGAGAGGCUACCAUAGGGGCCCAGAGAGCAAUGGGAGGAUGUCGGGUAGCUCUGGCUCCUACUACUAUGGGGACAGUGAUUACAGGCACUCCACUCGCCCAGACAAGCCCGGGUCCACCAUGGGAGUGCAGAAGCACUCUUCCAAAAACUUGGCCCCAGCUGUCAUCUCUUCCAAACGCAGCAAGCAUCGGAAACAAGGUAUGGAACAGAAGAUCUCAAAAUUCUCCCCUAUAGAAGAAGCGAGAGAUGUGGAAUCAGACCUGGCCUCUUACCCAGCAACCACGUCAGUCAGCAGCAGCAGUGUGGCAUCCAGAGCAAAGAAGAUGCAAGACGACAUCACAUACGGCCUCAAAAAGAAUGUAUAUGAACAGCAGAAGUACUAUGGUGGGUCUGCCAGGGAUACGAUGGAAGAAGAUGACAGGGCAUACAGUGGCGGGCGAUCCAGAUCGUCCAGCUAUGUGUCGGAGAGAAUGUCGAGCCGCGAGAUCAGGAGCAGGUCCUACGAGAGAGAGAGCAUGGAGAGGCCUCAGAGAGGCAGUUCCAAACCUUCUUCCCUUAGCAUGAGUCAAAGUCGCGGGCGACCUCCAAUUCGCACACAAACCUCAGAAGAAGAGAGCCCCAUCAGUCCUUUGGGGAAGUCCAUGGGCGUAUCGCGGUCCUCGGGUGGGCCUCUCCCUCAGUCUGCUGGGGACAGCUGCUCUCAGUUCUGCUCCAGUCACUCAUUGCCUGAUGUACAAGAACAUAUCAAAGAUGUGCCAAGAACCCACUCUUACAAGCAUGAAGAAGGUUACAUCAUGGAUGAUUCACACUGUGUUGUUUCAGACAGUGAAGGUAAUGGCUACCUGUGGUAACUUAACCCCAGAGCAUGCCCAAGCGGGUCAUAUUUGCAAGGACAAUACCACAGCCUCCGUUUCCUUGCCAGGUGCCUUUCUCCCGCAUUUUGCUUUCUGUUUUGGUGGUUCUGUGUUAGCAUGCUGCACUCUGCAUGUCCUACUGGUGCUCUGCUCACUGCUUGUUCAGUGUGAUACUGUGCUAUGAUUCCUAUUUAUUUAUAGAUAUCUAUUUCCCAAGCGGCUACUGUGGCAUAUCCUGUGUGCAUGCGAUCGGUUCCUUGCUUUCUUUUAAUCCAUUGCAUGGCUUCAUCCUGGGGUACAUUCCCAACUGUGGAUGAGGGGAUUGACUGUGAUUUGUUUUUGGUUUCUGAAGCCUAUCACUUGGGUCAGGAGGAGACAGACUGGUUUGAUAAGCCGAGGGAACCUCGUUCGGAGAGGAUGAGGCAUUAUGGUGGCCACUCCUCAUCCUCCCAAAGGAGGGGUCCAGUUAAGCACACCUAUCAUGACUAUGACGAGCCCCCGGAUGAAGACAUGUGGCAUCACGAUGACUACUCUCACCCGCGACACUCCUCUUCCAAAGAACACAGGCACCAUGGAGACUACGGGAGGCAUUCGUCCUCCUCCCGGCACUCCACCGAUGACCUGCCAAAGAGGUCAUCCAGGCAACAUCCAAGAGAUGCUGGCCGCCACGAGUCACGCGGACAUGGGCCUCCCUCUUCCCAGAAGAAGGCUCAGCAGGCCGAUAUAAGAGCGCAGCCAGGUUAUCCUUCCAGCUCCUCAGAGUACUCCCAGCAGUCUCGGCAGCCGUCGGGCUACCAUCAUACCUCAGAGUCCCAAAAAUCGCAGAGGCAGGUGCAACAUGGGCCGCCAUCUCAGCAGCCAAAAUCGGAGCCUCUUUCGCACCAACAGCAGCAGCAAGUGAGGCAGCAGCAAGUUGGGCAGCAGCAGCAGCAGCCGUCAUCCAGGCAGCAGCAGCCGUCGAGCAGACAGCAGCAGCAGCAGCAGCAGCAAGCAGCUCCCUCGCAACAACCUUCUCAGCAACAGCAACAGCAAGCUAGGGUGCAGCAGCAGCAGCAGCAGCCGCCACCGCCAGCAGGAACCCAAGCCCAGCCCUCCUCACGGCCAGCCCAACAACAGCCUGGCCAAGCCCAGCCAGCAGGCAAACCCCAAUCUGCCCUCCAAGCACAACCUGGCACUCACCCAGCGGGACCAGUAAGUACCUACGUGCCUUUGCUCGGGGUCAGUUAUACAGUAGGUCCUUCAGAGCUGACCACAACUUGUUUUGCCCCACGUCGGGUGAGAGGGCUGGGCUAAGUGAUGGCCUGUUCUGUAGUACAGGAGUCGCGCUGGGAUUGCCUCACCUUAGAAUGUCAAAGCAAGGAAAUGUGCAUUUGUGGACUGACUAGGUCGCUGUGGAGAAUGGAGUCUUCCCAGCAGAGUAGUGGUUCAUGGAACUAACAAUAGGCUGCAGUAAGUUACAGAGGGGGCAGUUCGGACACAGACAAAGAAGAGGGGAGGGGAGAGGAAAGGAAAGGAAAGGAAAGGAAAGGAAAGGAAAGGAAUGCACUUAAGGGAAUGGCCUUUGUAUAGGAGCUUUAUAUGUAGCUUUCUUGAUGGAGAUCACAGGCAGUACCUCAGGAAUCCUAGCGGGUGGGGAGUAUCUGGUGGAGAAUAGGGUGGGUGGAUAAGGAUUGCUGUGAGACAGCCAGGAUGACCUGGCAAUUAAACUCUAGGAAGAAGGCUAAGAGAAAGACCCCAGGAGAUGGGCUUCAUUUUACCAUUAUUCAUUCUCAUUUGCGUUAAAUAAAUACAUAAAUCACUGUUUGCUAUAUUACAGUCUAAAGCAGAACAGAUGGAUGCAUCCAAACCUACCACAAAAGUGCCACAGGUGGGGAAAGCACCCCAAACACAGCCACUGGGAGCAGCAACAGGAGGUCAGUAGCUCCUUUCCAGCACCUGCAAUUGUAUGUGUUUUCCUUAAAAAGGGAGGCAGCACUAGUAGUUCAGUAGGCUCAGAUCUCUCUGAGGAACGAUUAGAUUGAAGUCAAAGGGAGUUCCAAGACCAUCUACUGUGGAUGGGGGGGAUGCCCUACCUGAGAUUAAGAAGGCAAAUGCUUUAGGUCAUUUAGCCAUGGUUGGCCCCAGAGUGUAGGCCAGUCAGCGUAGAAUUAAUUCACUUGAAACUAGUAUUCUGUAUGUCAUAGAAAAGAUAAACAUAAGUAGAAUGCCCAAAAGCAGCCUCCAGCUUCAUUCCACAUAGGGUACAAUAGGUUCGCUUUGCAUAGCUGUCAAAAAUAAAAGGCUUCCCACUCCUGUCUCAUUAACCAAUUGGGGAAAUGACUGUAAGUUAAGUUCUCUCAUCAUUCAGCUCCAAUUUAAAAUACCUUUUUCACCAAGAAGUUUUAGUCGUUUCUUGUGCCUGUCAUACUGAUAUCUCACCAACACAUUGUGCAUCUUGGUUAACACACUUAGAAAUAGUGUGGCCAUCAUUUUCUGGUGAAGGCGGUUAGACAGAGAUUGGUUAUGGCCUAUGAAUGUGGGGCGGGGGGUAUAUGCAAAUUGCCAGUUGGACCUACCCUUGGUGAUAUGGGAGGAUAUAUAUUUAAAUAAAUGCAUAUAUGCAGCUAAAUAAAUCCAUACAAAUCAAUUUCUUUCUCUCCAACAGGCAUUAAGAUAGGUUCCAAACCAGCAGGUGCUCCCACUUCUGCAGGGGCAGCGACUGGACUGCCAGGAGCUGAGGGAGAGAGCGUCUUCUCCAAAAUCCUGCCAGGAGGGGCAGCAGAACAAGCAGGCAAAUUGACAGAAGGUGAGAGGUUUCAGAGGCAUCUUUCUUGGGUGCCCCAUGUCAAAGCAUGUGGGAUUUGCUCCUGGAGACAGCUCACCUGUCUUCAUGCUUGCACAUGUGGAUUUGUUCAACACUUCUUUCAGGACAAAUGGCAGAACUGCAGGGCAACUGCUAAUUUAGACCACUGGUCCGUCUAGCUCAGUGUUAUCUACACUGACUGGUAGUGGCUCUCUAGGAUUUCAGGCAGGAGUCUCCCUCAGGCCUCUCCGGAGCAGGCAGAAAUCUGAACCUGGGACCUUCUGCACUCACAGCAGAUGCUCCGCUGCUGAGCCACAGCCCUUGUUUUAAUUUACACCUAUGUGAGAAUACAAGAAAUAAGAAGCCAGCAAGAAAAGUAAAAGCUGUGAAGACGAAAUCAAAACAAAGAAAAUGGGGAUUGGGUGGUAGAACACUGAAGGAAAAAGCCACAUUAUCAUAGCAGACCAUCAACACGGCAGGCCAUAAGUGCUCACUUGAUGAUGAGGAUCACUAAGGGCUAAAGCAGAAUUGCCUUAUCCCAGUGGCCAGCAGCAGCUUUCGAUCAGCUCAGGCCAACCCUUCUGUUGGGAGAUCCUUUUUUACUUGAAAUGCCAGGAAGUGAAUUUCCUUCUAUAUGCAAAGCAUGUAGCCAUAGUCCCUUCCUGUGUCACAAACAGAGAUGUGGGGACAGAGGGUGAUAACAGGGCUGGCAAUGUGAAGGCUGAUAAUAUGGAGGAGGGGCUCUUGUGAAAUAGAAGAAGGGCCCUAAAAACUGAAGAUCCAGUGGGAAAGAGGUGAGUGGGGAAAAGAUGCAGCCAGUCUUCGGUACCACAUAUGCUGAUGGCAUUUAUUUCUCUUAUCUUUACUCCCAUAGCUGUGUCAGCUUUUGGCAAGAAAUUCACAUCAUUUUGGUGAGAGAACAUCGCUGGGUGAGUCGCUUUUUGUUGUGGUAAUAAUAAUUUAUUUCUUGUACCCCACACAUCUGACUGGGCAGUUCCAGCCAGUCUGGGUGGCUUCCAACAAAGUAUAUAUACACAACCCCCAAUGACAUUACAGCUGCCAAGCAAAACCCCUGAUACAUUUCAUCUUCUCUGGCCAUUGCCAUUGAAAGAGGUCCUGGCGUAAUUUCCUGUUUCAUAGCUUGGUUCAACUUCUGUUCCUCAGCAGGCGCCUUUCAUUGCUGCAGCACCCUAACAUCAGAGCUAACCUAGUGUUCUGUUAAUCCAAGCGCCCCCUUCAGUUACUCUGACAUUUUUCUUUUUUUUCUGCACAUGUAUAUUUUUCUUUCCUAAUAGCCAUAUCUUUUUCUUAUGUGUGUCUCUCUAUCACCCCGGCAGCAGUUUGGGAGAAUAAAUGGAGAUCUCAUCAUUGCACUGGAAAAACCUAUGAAGAAUCCAUUGGAAUUCAGUCUGCCGCACCAGACUCUGGGUAUAACAGUGAGUGUCACCUCAUUGCCUCCAUUCCUACAUUCUUCUGAGGAUGUGGAUGAGAUCAGAUACUUGGCUUUCAUCAAGGCUCAGUGAUGGCCCCCAAGAUACAAAGCCCAGAGGAGAUAUUUCUUUUACCUAGUCAUAUGAGAUCCUGCUUAGCUUAUGGCAAUUUGCCUGAUAGUUUAGGUAAGCCGUGCCACUUCCAGUCAAGAGUAUAUCCUGUUGCUGCUAAAUGUUUGUUUAAUGUCCACAGCAUGCUACACACUGUACAGACUUAGAGAAAAGAGACAGUCCCCAUUCAGACUUCUUACAGUCUGUAUUAGGUGGAUAUAGCUAGUGGGGGCAGCGGAAGGCAGGGACUGACACGGAGGAGGAAAUGAAGGUGCAAGUCGGUGUGGCUAGGAUGGUUUCAAAGAAUCAUAGAGUUGGAGGGGAUCCUGAGGAUCAUCUAGUCUAACACCCUGCAAUGCAGGAAUAUGCAGCUGGCCCUUACCAGCAUUGGCGUUAUCAGCACCACACUCUUAACCAGGCUUCCUCAACCUUGGCCCUCCAGAUGUUUUUGGCCUACAACUCCCAUGAUCCCUAGCUAGCAGGACCAGUGGUCAGGGAUGAUGGGAAUUGUAGUCUCAAAACAUAUGGAGGUCCGAGGUUGAGGAAGCCUGCUCUUAACCAUCUGAGUUUGGGAAAGGCCUUGUUAAAGGAAUCUCCUUCCUUAGAGGUUUUUAAGCAGAGGUUGGAUGGCCAUCGGUCAUGAUGCUUUAGCUGACAUUCCUGCAUUGGACUAGAUGACGCUCGGGGCCCCUUCCAACUCUACACUACGAUUCUAAAGAAGAAGGGCUUAAAGGAGGCUGAGGCACUAAAUACUCUUAUAUACAGCAGGAAGAUGUUCUAGACACAGAGGACAGCAUGUCUGGGGACAGCCAUGGCAGGGAAAAAGAGAUGAUAAAGCAUGAUGGAGCAAAACAGCAGGUCGCCUGCUACAGCAGAGUUGCAACGCUAAGUUCCUUGCAGCAGUGCCUCUGCUGCUUAACCAGGAGCGAGAGGGACUAGGCAAGAGGGAGGCCAGGAUGGUGUGGGCUCAACAGUGGGGCUAUUCCUUUGCUCCUGCCACGGUAACCAUGCCACACCAGCCUCCCUGCCAUCUCCUCCUUCCCCUUCUUCCUCCUCAUAUUAAGCAGCAGUGAAACACCUGCCAGGAUGUCGCAGCUGCACCCCACUGGGUGAACUCUGAUACUGUGAUAGAGGAAGCAAGAAAAUUAAGGUGUGGGAUAGCACGUAGCUGGCACAAUGUCAUAUAACCUCCCUGCAAACAAAUCAGUAUGGAUGCUCCAUAAAUAACUGGUGUUGUCCCCGCAAACGCUGUGCAAACAAAUCAGGAUGAAUGGCCAAUAAAUAGAUUGUUUGGAACCAACUGUAGAAAUGUGUCCCAUUUGUUUGGUGCUUAACUCUGUUGUCUGUAAUGGUAAGGCAUCAAAAUGGCUUUGCUGUGGCAUAAAAUUUAUUCUAUCAGCCACAGCCUUAAAGACUUAAGCCCCCAGACCAGCAAUCCAGAUGUAAAAUGGAUAACGGGGGGCAUAAGAAGAAGGCAUGAGUGAGGAUAUUUGCUCUUUGCUGCUUAUUUUGACUAAGAAAUACCGCUUCGCUCAGCACAAUAUUGCAGUGACUGUUUUGGGGAAAGCAGCUGUUAUUAGCAGUCCUCUCACUGCAGGCAGCAGACAACAAUCCUUUCUUUUUGCUCUAUCAAUAGAACACAGCAGCUCAUCUGGAAGCGGGAGGGGAAAGAACCUGUUUUGUGCAUUGCUGUGCUAAGUUCCAGGAAAGCCAGUGUGCCAUAUGCAGAACACUCUUACCUUGGGAAGAGUUGAAAUGAGGGGAAGAGGCAGAGAGACCCGUGGCAGCUCCAGAAUGUGGGUAGCAGCACAAGCCUGCAUAGGCCCCAGGGCCACAGCCCUGAGCCACAAGCAGAGAGAGAAUAUUUUUGUCUGGCUGAUUCCAUCCCCUGGGUGUGCUCAGAGCUUUGCCACUUACAGCACUAUCUCCUUUCAUGGCCCUGUCUGUGUUUUUGUCCAUUUUAGAGAGCUCACUGAAAGGACUGCAUGCUUUUUGAUUUGAGGGGGAAAUUGAACUUAUCCCAGCUGAGGUAAGUGGGUAGCUUCUUACACUUGCUGCCUCAGUCUGUACAUUACAGUGUGAGCCAGGUCUGCCCCCGGGUUUGAGUGGAGAGGUGAAAGCAAACAACAAAUCUCUUUGGGGAAAGUGCUGGCUCUUUCAAUCCUCAGUUUUAGACAACCCCAGUAUGAAACAGUUGCAUCUCAGUAAGCGUGGGCAGCUGAUGUCAUUAUGUAAACUGUUCAGGCUCUUUGAUUGGUGGUCUUUUCUGGCUAGUUCUUUGGGUUGCUUUUGUGCUUUGGUUUUGAGAAAUGAGAGAGGCACACUGCAGCCAUAAACAGUACAGUACAGCAGAACUUUCUCAGGUGGUGCUGUGAGUGAAUAUCCAGAGAGGAUCAGGAAAAUUUGUGCCAAACCAUGGCAUGGCAAGAAAUUGUGUUUCUGUGAAUGACCUCUUGUAAAUAUAAUAUUUCUGAUUCUCUCUUUUGUCUCAUCAAGCUUUUGAAACCAUGGAAAACCACUAGGCUGCGAGAUGGAAGGCGGAAGAGAUCUUUAUGGAGACAUUUGCCAGUGGAUCCCAUAAGAAGCUCCUUGAGGACAUCUGAGCCAACUGUCGCAAAAGGCUUUCAGAAGCCGCCUGCUGUCAACUCCACGGUGUUCGUUGCAUGAGCCCCAAGGGGUGAAGGCAGACGCUUAGUCUGAGAAGAUGUACAUAAAAGACGUUUACAGAACAUGGCCCGGUCCCAGCUUGUCACACAGACUGGCCACUUCCCUGAUCCUGGAGGGGAUGUCUGGGGCUCCAGAGACUACUCACUGCGGUGGUUCCAUUUGUGCCUAAGGUCUAAUGUUGGGAGCCAUGGCCCUUUCUUGAGAUUAUACGCAGAGUUUUCUCUCUUACUGAAUUUUAACUCUAGAAUCUUCAUAGGUUUUUCCCACUCUCCAAGAUGUGCUUGAGUUGAGGGCUGGGAGCUGGAGGCUCUGCUCUUCACAUUCCAGUUUGCCCUGUCGGUCGCUCCGCCUGCACAGUGUUUGUUCCCUCUCAUCCUCCCUGCAAUGGAAAGCAUGGGAUGAAGAGAACUUCGACUAGGACCUAACACUGUUUCACCACUGAGAUAAGAGGCCAUAGGACUCUGAAAGGCAGUGCAAACUGGCUGACUAUUGACUGAAGCAAAUGCUGGCCAGGCAUGUCUAUCAGCCACCCCAAAGCCAUCCUGAAGCCAUUCUAAAGCAUUCAAAUGGCAGUGCUUUCCGUUGUUAGUGUUGUGCAUUGUUUUAUGUAUGCCUGGGGAUUAUUUUUAUUUCAAAAACAGCCUUAAUCAUUCCACUUUUAUUUAUGCGUAUACCUCAUCAGCACCCAGCAACUGGGGGUUUGGAUUUAUUUUAAAUUUUCUUUUUUUGUGAGGUUCUUUUUUGUUCUCAGUUUUUGUUUUUUACUUUGUAUCGAACAUACUGUUUUUCCUCUUUGCUUUGUCCUGCGUUAGCACAUGGACUGUUGUCGGUAGAAGCAAUAGAGUGCAGAAGGCUACAAAAAAGAGCACAAUCCAGUGUGAUGAGAUCAGGAGAGCUUGCCUCUGCCAUCCUCCUUCCUACUACUACUGUGCAAUUCAAGUCCUUCUUAAGCCAUUACCAGUGGGCAUGCUCAGAACGAUGGAGGAGCUCCCUGGGGGCAGGAUGUUGCUGAACCUGCUGGCGAGGAGCUCCUGGCACUGUUACCCGCAAGAGCCGAAAGAAAACCCUGUGAAACGGCUCCUCUUUUCCUUUGCUGUAAAGAAUCCAGCAAGUGUAUGGAUGCUCUGGCUCCCAUUUGUCUGCGCUGUCUGUUUCCUGCCCGUCUCUCGUCCACACUGAGCAUGCUCAAGAGCAACAAUUCAUUGGUGUGACCCAUAGGAGCUUCCAUUCACCGUGGGUAACAGCAAAAUGAUUCUCAUGUCUAAUGUUCUAUGCAAUGAAAUAACAAAACAAAAAAAGUUUAAAAAAACAACUGUUAAUAUUUAAUAAGUUCAAUGUUAUGUAUAAGGAUUUAAUUGCAAAUGUGCUAUUGAGAAACUGGAUAGGUAUCUUUAUAUCGAACACCUGUGCGUAUGAAGUUUUCAAUUAGUGGCAUGCUUGACCCAUCCGAGGGACACUUUUGCCAAAGGGUAGCCAUAGAGCCGGUGACUGUCUCUGUCUGUUGUAGAGCAUGGCUUGCUACUUCUCUGCACGGUUUCAUCUAUUUAGAAUGCUUGCCGUUCUUUGCUUGAGGUUUUUUUUUCUCUCUCUCUCUCUCUCUCCAGUUGGUUCAUCAUCACUUCUGAAUGCCAUUAG